AUGAAACCAAACGUGGAGCUUCGUAACAAGCAGUCUACCAGAUCGGAAACUUUAAUACAUUCAGCAUCAUCGGCUACCCAUUCACCGCUGCAUCGAUACAAUCUGCGAAGCAAAGGUCCACCGAGAUACGUACAAUUUUCGGACAGGGAAUGUCCCAUCUGCCUCGAAGACUAUAGUGCACCGGUAAUAGUAAACUGUGGUCAUUCGUUUUGCACCAAAUGCAUCGAAAGGUGCAUUAAAACGGGGAGUCUAGCUAUAUGUCCGAUCUGCAAAGAUAAAUUAGUUCGUCGGCUGUUCCUGUACAACCCGGAAUAUACGAACCAAGUCGUGGCAUCAUCAACGAGUACGGAUCGAAAUAGUGUUGUUACGGUACCGAAAGCUCAAAAUGGAAAGCAAUCCAAGAUAUCCAAGCAGGCGGCAAGCAGGCGAACGGUUGUAUGA